AUGGAUGCUGAGUUACAAUUUAAUAUCGAAGUAUCGACAAAAGGGCGGGAUAUAUUUAACUUAGUUUGUCAAACAAUUGGUCUAAGAGAACAUUGGUAUUUUGGAUUAAAAUAUUUGGACAAAUCGAAUGAAUGGACAUGGCUCACUAUGAAUAAAACAAUUUUAUCUCAACCUGUUCAGAUUCAACAGCAACAACAGCCCACAUUUUUAUCAAAACAAACCCAACAAUCUCACCCAUCUCCUUCCGCUGUGAGUCACAAUGAUCAUUCAAUUUUUACAACCUUACCACUAACAAAAUUACCAACUCAUCCAGAUUCUCUGGGUUUAACAACAAACAUUUUACCACAACAACAAAAACAACAAACAUCAACACUAACUAAGAAGAAAACUUCAACAUUAAUCUCAUUUCCAUCUCCUUCAACAUCAUCUACACAACAUUUAAUAGGUUCAAGACCACUUCCGCCGUGUCAAUCAAAUUCAACUCUUUCUCUAUGCUCAACUUUAUCGAAUAACACAACAAAUACGACACCGACUGUCGUUAGAGGAACACUUGAAUUAUAUUUUGUUGUUAAAUAUUAUACAGAAGAUAUUACGAAUGAACUAAUUCAAGACAUUACACGACACUUGUUUUAUUUACAGGUUAAACACGAUAUUCUUAAUAUGGAUAUUUAUACUCCGCCCGAUACUGCGGCACAUUUAGCCUCAUUAUCUUUACAAGCAAAAUUUGGUGAUUAUGAGGGUGUAUCUACAUAUUCAUCUAAUGAGAAUGUAUCUUCAACUUCUAAAUCGAAUGAUGUUAGUGUUGUAUUAGAAGAAGAAGCUCUAUUACCCCCGAGUUGUUUUCAAAAAAUAGAAUUAUCUAAACAUGAUUGGUUCGAGAGAAUUGUAUCAUUGUGGAAAAAUCAUCAGGGUUUAACGCGAGAAGAAGCUGAAUGUCAAUAUUUGAAACAUGCCCAAGAUUUAGAUAUGUUUGGUUUAUCAUUUUUUGAAAUUAGUAAAAUCCAGAAUAAGAAGGAGUCCGAUCUAUGGUUAGGUAUUGAUUCAUUGGGUAUUCGAUUUUAUAAAAAAAAUAAAUUAAGACCAGAUGUUUUUUUCUCAUGGUCCGAUAUUAAAUAUGUCACAGCGAAUGAUAAAAAAGUAAUUUUGAAUAUGGUGGGUGAUAAACAUUCUAAUUUUGCAUUUUUUUCAAACAAAUCGUCUGUUAGUAAAGAGAUAUUGGAUUUGGCUAAUGGUAAUCAUGAACUGUACAUGAGACGUCGUCAAGAUCAACCUAUUGAGAUCCAACAAAUGAAAUAUUUUGAACAACAACAACAAAAAGAAAAAUUGAAAACGUUUACACGUGAACGAGAAUUGCGUUUGGCAGCUGAAAAAAAACGUCAAGAAGUUGAAAGACAAUUUAUAGAUUAUCAAAAACAAAUGAAACAAACGCAAGACACACUAUUACGAUAUCAAGAAGCCGCUGAAUUAUUAGCUCGUAAAGCACAAAUUAGUGGUGAAGAAGCUCGAUUACAAGCAGAGAAAGCAUUAGAGAUUGAAUCUGAAUUAGAAAGAUGUAAAUUCGAAAUAUCAAGGAAUGAAGAGGAAAAAUUAUUAUUUGCUCGUCAAAUAAAUGAAUGUGAACAAGUUAUUUCUACAUUGGUCAACGAUUCUGUUAAAAAUCGAAAAGAAGCUGAAGAAUUAAAACAUGAAGUGAGUAAAUGGCGUAUAGCUGAACAAGCAGCACGUGAAAAAUUAAUUCAAGUAACACAAUUAAAUCAAACAAUUGCUGCUAGUCAAGCAUCUCAAUCUGCCCAACAUACAGCAACAGUGAAUCAGAAUCAUUUAAGAACACAUCAGACAACAUUGCCUCCUCCCCAGUAUCGUCCACCAAUGGAUCAGACCACAUCAAAACAAACAGAUUCUAGUCCAGCUGAUGAGCGUGCUUAUUUGGUUGAUAAACAAAACAAACAACAUCUUAUUCAACAACAAUUAUUGGAUCUAAAAAAUGUGAUUCAACAACGUAAAAUUGAAGAUAAACAGUCGCCGUUAGAUAAAGCGUAUGAAGAAAAUUUAGCUUAUGGUGAUAACAAAUAUUCAACAAUCCAGAAAGCAAGAUCUGGUACAGCGUCAAAACGAAUGGCGAUGCUACAAGAUUUAUAA